UUUUGUCAUAAUUUCAAGAGUUAUAAAUAAAAACAAGUCUCGUACCUAUAAGAAGAGAAGACAUUAAAGAAUUUUAGAUUAGUUAAUUUUGCAGAGUUAAAGAAAAGACUUCUUCAUCAUGAAAUACCAGGCUCUUGCUUUUAUUGCAUUCUUAGUUGUUUUGAGCUGUUGUGUUGGAGCACAAAGUGCAAUUGGAGGAUACGAUUAUUGCGGCAAGCCUUGCACAGAACGUAGCGGUAUUGUUUGCGCGUACAAUCAGAAUUGCUUCACAUUUUUCAACAACAUUUGCGAUAUGAGGAAGAGAAAUUGUGAUCACGGAGACCGUUUUAAUUCCGCACAAAUGUCUAGUUGCUUAUUUGGACAAAAGUGCCGUGGAAUUUAAAAUAGCAACAUGGAAUGAUUUGUAUCGCACAAAAGGCUCUAAAAAUCAGUAUUCCAGUUCAAAAAAAAAACACUCAUGUUCAACAGAUUGCACGAUCAACAUCAAGUGCUAACUUAUUAAUUGUUGUUUAAAGUACAUAACUUUAUAAUAAG